UGGAGGAGAGCUCUUUGAACGCAUCAUUGAUGAAGACUUCGAGCUGACAGAGAGAGAGUGCAUUAAAUAUAUGAAGCAGAUUUCAGAAGGAGUUCAGUACAUUCAUAAGCAGGGUAUUGUUCACUUGGAUUUGAAGCCAGAAAAUAUUAUGUGUGUCAACAAGACUGGUACAAGCAUCAAACUCAUUGACUUUGGACUUGCAAGAAGAUUAGAAAAUGCAGGUUCUCUGAAAGUUCUCUUUGGGACACCUGAGUUUGUGGCUCCAGAAGUUAUAAACUAUGAACCUAUUGGAUAUGAAACAGAUAUGUGGAGUAUAGGAGUUAUCUGCUACAUUUUGGUCAGCGGGCUUUCUCCUUUCAUGGGUGACAACGACAAUGAAACCCUCGCCAAUGUCACCUCAGCAACGUGGGACUUCGAUGAUGAGGCUUUUGAUGAAAUCUCUGACGAUGCCAAGGACUUUAUCAGCAAUCUGCUAAAGAAAGACAUGAAGAGUCGCUUCAAUUGUACUCAAUGUCUUCAGCAUCCCUGGCUGCAAAAAGACACCAAAAACAUGGAAGCCAAAAAACUUUCCAAAGAUAGGAUGAAGAAAUAUAUGGCCAGAAGAAAAUGGCAGAAAACAGGCCAUGCUGUCCGAGCAAUAGGAAGACUGUCAUCCAUGGCAAUGAUUUCUGGUAUGAGUGGGAGGAAGGCCUCUGGGAGCUCGCCUACCAGCCCUAUAAAUGCAGACAAAGCAGAGAACGAAGAUGCUUUCCUUGAAGAAGUGGCUGAAGAAAAGCCCCACGUAAAGCCAUAUUUUACUAAAAAAAUCCUUGACUUGGAGGUUGUGGAAGGAAGUGCUGCUAGAUUUGACUGCAAAAUUGAAGGAUAUCCUGACCCUGAGGUAAUGUGGUACAAGGAUGAUCAGCCUGUCAAGGAGUCCCGUCACUUCCAGAUAGAUUAUGAUGAGGAAGGGAACUGUUCUUUGACUAUUUCUGAAGUAUGUGGGGACGAUGAUGCCAAAUACACCUGCAAAGCUGUUAACAGCCUUGGGGAAGCCACGUGCACUGCAGAGCUCCUUGUGGAAACAAUGGGAAAAGAAGGAGAAGGAGAAGAAGAAGAUGAGGAGGAGGAAGAAUGAAACAAGGCUAAAAAAAAAAAAAAAGAAAGAAAAAAUAUAUUUAAAGACUCUCCUUAUAAGGCUCAGAAAACCAAGUUAUCAAAAGCACCUUGUGUGAUACGUAGGUCUUUGGGGGAAUGUUAUUUCAGCAUGAUCAGUUGAUACCUGUUUGCUUUACCUGUGGGCAUUAAUUCAAAUCAGCAGGCACUUUUAAGUUGCCAGCAUGAUUGGAUUGACUUUAAGCAAAUCAUCAACUAAGUUGCCCAGUCAAUUUUUAAAAUCAAAAUAUGGAAAACAAGACUACAUUUAUAUUCUGAACAUCUUAAAGAAAACUAGUCUAUUUACUGAGCUCAUUGCUCUGCAUUAUCACUUUCCUCAGCCAAAACUCCAGCUAAGUUGGCUCCCCAAUAUAUACUUUACAAGGAAUCAUUGGCCAGACAUGCAGUGAAUCUCUCCAGUCCUAAGGAAUAGGGUGCUCCCUGAGCUGUGUCUUCUAUAAGGGAAGGUUUGACACAGACAGCAUUGCGAUUUGUAUGUUGGCAUGGUUCACUUUUCAUUUGCUUUAAGCAGAAUCUCACAGUCCUCCUAACUUCAAACACAUUUGCUGCCCUUUGUCAGUGUGCUGUUAGUGCUGUUGUAAUACUGGCAAACAUUAAACAUCCAGGUGGUUUCCCAAGAUACUCCUGAUCUUGCUUUUAGCCAACUGAUCACACUUUGUCAUCUUUCCCUUAUGGAGCCUGUCACUUCCACGCAGUUACAGUUGCCUGUUUAAGAAACAGACUGAAAACAUAAAGACUGAGAAUAUUUUCUGUGUUUCUGGUCAGUCUAAUAACGAUUCAUAUAUAUGCUGCUGUGAAAAAAACAGGUUAUUGCACAAUCAGUGACUUCUCUGUGCAUGUGUGUGAAUGGAAUCACAAGUUAGUUAAAGUUUUACUUGCAUAUAUUUAGAAAUUGCAAAACAGAUUUCAACUGAUGAUAAGCUGGAAACUCCCACAGAUUUUUGGAGUAGCCAAAAAGAUAGUAGCCUGGAUUACAAACUCGUCUAUACUUAGCAGUUUCCAAAGAAUCUUAACCUAUAUAGGACCUAUUUCUACCUUAUGAGCUUGACUGUCUUGUUUUUGUCUUGAACCUGCACCAGUAAGGCUGUUGCGUUUUUUAAAGGCGCAAAAAAACAAAACCAAAAAAAAAUCCAACUCCCUUUUUUUUUUUCUCAGAAAUUGUUAAUGCACUCAGACUUAGUAACUUUGCUUUCCUUUCACAGUAUUGGCACUUUUUAAUUUUUUUUGUUGUUGUUCAGAGGUAAUAUCAGAGGCUGCAAGGUGAUAUGCACAAUCCAAAACCAGUGUGUCUUAUAUCUAUGUAUCAUUCCAAAAGUGAUUAUUUUUCUUUUCCACUUUUUGUGUGUAAAGCACAACCAUUUGCAUUUCAAAGGUUACCUCUUUUAAAAAAAAUCAUUACCUUAAAUCCUCACCAUUAAGUAGUCAGUGUACUUUAAUACAGGUGUGUACAUUAUCAACCUUAGGUUGUUUGAUAUUACCUAGUUGUGUAUGUGUUUCAUAUGAUUUGCUCUUCUACAUUCAAAGCUCAGUUAAUGUGGAUGACACGAUGGUUUUUAACUGCUUUACUCUUUGUUGCUAAGUUCAGAUUGCCAGCAUGUCUUUUCCUUUUCGAUUGAUGAAAACCUCUUGUUAUACUAAACACAGUAUUGCCACAAUUCCUUAUACAGAAAGGUUGUGAAUCUGAUUUAGAGCAUACAGAGCUUUCCUCACGUUUGUUUUUUUUUAAAUGUUUUAGGCAACAAUGGGGUGUAUUUUGUACCUUAAUAAAAAUAUGCUAAUGAUCUCUCUAUUUGUUAAACCAUCAGAAUUGCAAAGAUGAGACUGCUACAGCUGUAGUUACUCACGGUUCCUAAAUAAAUACUACCACAAAGCA